CCUUUGGUGGUCACGCGACCGGAAGGAGUAAUACCGAGAGGAGGAGGAGGAGGAGUUUGUUUUCUGGUGGUUGGCUUCCUGUUGUGAUGGUACAGCGGUAGUAUUGUAACAUACAGCGACUUUGGUUGGUGAAUCAAAGAGGAGCUUUUAAAUAUAAAUAUUAAUUUUGUAAAAGGCUUGGUAGCCAAAGAGACAGAAGUAAAAUUUGGGCGACACGCUUUAGAUUUCCAGCGAUAAAAGCUCUAGUGAGCUCCGCACGGAUUGAGCGGGCCGCGGCUCCGGUCCUCGGUGGGUGUUUUUAAGGAACAGGGAAAUCCAGAAAACAGGUUGGAAUAGGAGUUGUGUCCAUUACCCAAAUCAAGAAGUGCCAUUUCCCGGGUCUCGCCAUGGCCGUGGUCAACGAGAGCGCUCUCAAAAAGAUGCUUUCUAAACAAUACAAGUACAGGGACCUGACAGUGCGUGAAAUUACUAAUGUCAUCUCCCAUUAUAAGGACUUGAAGCCUGUCAUGGAUGCUUAUGUGUUUAAUGAUGGCUCUACAAGAGACCUGAUGAGUCUUACGGGAACUAUUCCAGUUAGCUACAGAGGGAAUGUGUACAACAUCCCAGUAUGCCUUUGGCUUCUGGACACCUAUCCCUACAACCCUCCUAUCUGUUUUGUGAAGCCCACCAGUGCCAUGAUGAUCAAGACAGGCAAACACAUUGAUGCUAAUGGCAAGAUCUACCUUCCCUACCUGCACGAGUGGAAGCAUCCUCAGUCGGACCUGUUCGGUCUGAUCCAGGUGAUGAUCGUGGUCUUUGGAGAAGAGCCACCUGUUUUCUCGCGUCCCACCACACAACCCCCGUACCAGCCAUACCAGGCCACUGGACCUCCGAACUCUUCCUACGUGCCAGGAAUGCCAACAGUGUCUUCUUAUGGACCAAGUCAUACUCCAAACACAGGUGGGUACCCGGGCUACCCCUACCCCGGGGGAACCUCGUACCCUCCAGCAGGCAGCACCCCACAUUACGGUGCCCAGCCCCCAGUCACCACUGUGGGGCCCAGCCGGGAUGGCACCAUCGGCGAGGACACCAUCCGUGCCUCCCUGAUCUCGGCAGUGAGCGACAAGCUGCGGUGGCGCAUGAAGGAGGAGAUGGACCGGGCCCAGGCCGAGCUGGACGUCCUCAAACGCACGGAGGAGGACCUGAGGAAGGGCCAUCAGAAGCUGGAGGAUAUGGUGUCGCGGCUCGACCAGGAAGUGGCGGAGGUUGACCGCAACAUUGAACUCCUGAAGAAGAAGGAUGAGGAGCUGAGUGCCGCACUGGAGAAGAUGGAGAGCCAGUCGGAGACCAACGACAUUGACGAUGUCAUCGUGCCCACAGCGCCCCUGUACAAGCAGAUCCUGAACCUGUACGCAGAGGAGAACGCCAUCGAGGACACCAUUUUCUACCUGGGGGAGGCUCUGCGCCGAGACGUCAUUGACCUGGAGGUCUUCCUCAAGCAUGUGCGUCUGCUGUCCCGCAAGCAGUUCCAGCUCCGAGCCCUGAUGCAGAAAGCCAGGAAGACUGCCGGCCUGAGUGACCUCUAUUGACCUCCUUUCGACAGCAUACACACUCUUUUUAGUAACUUCGCGUUUUACUUUUUCUCUCACCUAGACAACAGUUCUCUUCCCCGUCCUUUUAAAAAAAAUUGAAUCAAAUGUAUGCAGCACUGCCCUCACAAACCCUGUAAAGAGCAACAAAGCAGUCCUCUGUGCCCUUUGAGCUGGAUAGGAUCUUCUAACAGCAUUAUACCUUGCCAAGUGUUUUCAACACUAAAGAGCGUAUUGAUCUUGAGAAGCAGCAGCAGCCUAGGUAAGGCAAGAAAUGAAAAUUUGCCUUCUAAUGUAAAAUGUAGGAGGCUGUAAAAAAUGUGGAAGCAGAAGGACAUACUGUACUGUGUAUAUAUUUAAACAUUUGUGUAUUACACAUCCUUUAUUGCAACCGUGCAUACUAUGCCUCAGUCUGAUAUUACCGGUCAAGGAUCAAGAGGCCAAGAUCUGCAUUCUCUCACAAGCACUAUGUCUUCGUCAGCCUGAAGACAUGAUAAGGUUGUGGUUUUAUUGGGUUCCAGACCCUGUAUUAGGAAUGCUGAGCGUGUUGCAGAGAAAGAAACUGGACUUGAGCUGAGUUUGGUGUAUGAUCAGGAGUCUGAUUCCCUUAAUCUGAUUUAUAACCAUGACAAUGCUUGAUUCUCAUAUGGUAUCUGUCCUGACCAGUGGCUUUACAAUGAUUAUGAAAAGCAUUACAGGUUUGCAGUGGGCCUACAAGGUGUUUUUGGGUUUGAGAUAACUCAAUAAUCCUCUUUAAAUGCAGAGCCCCUUUUAGCCAGAUCUUUUUUUGUAAGACCAUCCAAUACAGUUUGUCCAUUUUAAGCUAUUGUGAAGGAUUGAAGGAAGUGUUAUUAAGCUGUUUCCAAAGUAAGACAGUAUAUUAUGCUUGAAUGAGGUGGGAUCCUUUAUUUCCUUUGUUUAAAAUGACACAGACGCAACCUCAGUGUCCAGGAAGAUGUUCUGGUCCCGUCCCUAAUCACCUCUUCUUUUCACCCACAGAGCUAGGGCUUAUUAAUUAAGCUUAUUAAUUACAGCCCUGCUGUUGUUUAUACUGUAUGUAUGAAGAUGUUUUAGUCACUUUUCAUUCUAUAUUAUAGGGUGUUACUUAACUUAAGAGUGUCAUUUUAAUGUUGGACUCCUUGGGACUUGAGAAAGCCAAACCUUACUUACAGAUAAGACUUUCCUCUCUUAGCUGGAUGAAUUAUUUAUAGAAAUUGAAAGCAGCAAAGUUUUGUUUCAAUAUAAAACAAUACCUGUUUAAGAUUUUUGUUUAUUAUUAUUUUUAUUCUUCUGUCUCUCUUCACUUUGUAUAAAGCUAAUUGUGUCCUUUUCUCUUCUAUAUAUAUAAAAGAGUGGAGGUGAAUAUUUUGUUUCAUAGUUUUUUUCAGUCACUGUUAUCCGAAACUGUUGCAGUGGCUUGAGGCCAUCAGAGUAAUUUCCCAGUCAAUGAAGUCAUAGUGUAAAAGGGAAUUUAAGGCUGUUGGUAUCGAUUGUGAUGAAGGUAUCACCCUUUGCUUAGGUAUAGUGUAUAUUAAGUGAAAAUGAAAAGUAUUUUUUUUUCUUUAAGACUUAGCUUUUACUUAAUGCACUUUGAAUGACAUUAUGACCUUGAGCAUUGGUUAUGGGAAUUUUAUUUAGGAAUAAAAAAGGUUGCAUUUUCA